AUGGUGUUCUUCACAGGCGUCCACUUCCGCUGCCGUGCGGGGCUAGAAUUCGGGCAGCGUCUGGUUGUCGUCGGCGACCACAGCGCUCUGGGCGACUGGGACUUUGGCGCGUGCCACGAGCUGCUUCAGAGCGCCACUGUGGACGAUGUGUGGAAUUCCCGCGCUCCUGCGCACUUGCCGCUGAACAAGCGGAGGGAAUACCGGUACGCCGUGCUGAAUGAUUUGGGGGAGUUCUUGAGGUGGCACGAGGAAUCCGCGAGGUUCGUGAAUCCCACUGGCAACGAGAUGCUGGUUGAGGAUGACGACGGCUACUACCGCGACCAGUGCGCGAAACUGAUCACCUCGGGUGAUGAGCAGGGUGCUCCGGUGGCAGUUGAGAACAAUAUCGACAGCAAGAAUCCGCUGCAGGUGAUCGAGGCUUUGCGCGGUCUCGACGUGGACCCUAACCUCACAGUGUACUUCGUCACUUCUCGUCUUCCCAUUCAGAUAAAGCGUGGCGCGGAUGGUUCGUUUUCCAUUCGUCAGUCGAACACUCCGCUGACCACCACACUGUGGAAGACGCGUAACCGUUGCCGCAAUAAGAUGCGUUUCAUAGGCGCGUGCUUGAUAACUCCUGAGAGUGCUGGCGAUGACGGUGACGGCGUGGACCCCCCUCCUGCGUCUGAGCGUCGGGAGCCCGACAAGGACGCCGGCGGUGACCAUUUCACCGACGAUGAAAAGGAAGAGAUACGCAUGCUGCUGCUCGAACACGACUGCAUCCCGGUGUUCGUGCCGCCUGCCGAGCUGAACGAGUCACUGAGGUUCUGUAAGGAGCACCUGUGGAACCUGUUUUACAACAUCGGUCUGUGGGAUGUGAACAAGCAACGCGAGUUCCGUUGGGACCUGUGGAAAUCGUACGUCAGCGUGAACCGCCAGUAUGCGACCGCUGCUGCCAUAAACGCGUCCGAAGGCGACUUCUUCUGGAUCCACGAUUACAAGCUGCUGAUGGUUCCCCAUUUCAUCACGCGCCGAAUAAAGCGCGCCAAUAUUGGUAUUUUCAUGCACGCCAUGUUUCCUCCGUGCAGCCUGUUCAUAUGUCUUGCGGUGCGUGAGAUUAUUUUGCGCAGCAUGUUGUGCGCCGACCUGAUUGGCUUCCAGUUUUACGACUACGCCCGGCACUUUUUGACGUGCUGCAAGCGUUUGCUCGGUUUGGACCACAGUUCCAAGCCGGGUGGCAUGCUCGACAUUGAGUACAAUGGUCGAGAGGUGAUGAUCCUGCUGUCCCAUAGUCACAUCCAGCCCGACUUACUGGCAACCAUGCUGGAGGAGCGUAAUGGCGUUCCGGCGCUGGUUGAAUCUUUCCGCGAGCAGUGGCCCGACCGUUUCGUGUUUGGCUCGUUAGACCGUGACAUCCGUCUGUCCGGUUUGUACUUGAAGUUGAAGGCGUUCCGUCUGUUCCUGGAGCAGUGUCCUUCUGCCCGCAACAAGGCGCUGCUGGUGCAGUACGUGUGCGCGAAGGACACUCUGUGGGAGUGUCGGCGUGACACUACGGAGCGUUUGCAGUCCAUCGUGGACAGCAUUAACGCGGAUUUCGGCGGUACCCACGUGGUGCUCGAAUUCAACGUCUCCAUUGAGCGCAAGUACGCGCUGUUUGUGUCUGCGGACUGCUUCCUGGACGCGUCGAUUCGCGGCGGUAUCAACAUGCGUGCGUUGGAGUACAUCUACUGCCGCCAGGGCAAGCCCGCGUGCGCCAUAUUGAGCGAGUUCGUGGGCUUCAGCAAGAUGCUGCUGUCUGCGAUGCGCGUGAACCCGUGGCACAUCGAGAGCGUGGUCGACGCCAUGCGCACGGCGAUGUCGUCCAAGUCGGAGGAGCGCGUGGAAGUGUGCCGCCGCGACUUCGAGUACAUCGUGAGCAGCGACACUGUAAGUUGGGCCGACCAAUUCAUUCGUGAGUUGUUCUUCGCACGCAAGCGCCAAGACAUGCUUCACCUCACCUGGGGCUUCGGCAAGACCUUGAAGACGUAUUCUGUGGCCAAUACUUUCCAACAUCUGAGCAUAGAUUAUGUGCUCAACAGCUACGAUGCGGCGCGUCGUCGUCUGAUAUUUUUGGAUUGCGAGGGCACUUUGUCCGCUAGUCUGUGGGACACCCCUCCGCGCUCUCCCCAGGACUGCGAGAGAAGCAUCCGCAUGGGCAUUUCGCCGCUCGAGUGCAACGUGAAGAGCAUCCGUACGCUGGCCGAAGACCCUCUGAACAUCAUUGUGGUGAUAAGCGGGCGAGGUCGCGAGUGCAUGGAGAAGUUGUGGUUCCCCGAUCAGCCGAAGCUGGGCCUGUGCGCGGGGUACGGUCUGUACUACAAGGUGCCGUGCCUCACCGGUAACGAGUGGUGCUGCAUGCUGGAGACGUUCAACGAGGAGUGGAAGGAGCUCGUGGUUCAGAUAAUGGAGCAGUACGCGCACCGCACGCCCGGGAGCUACGUCGAGGUGAUGGACGCGGUGGUGGUGUUCCAGUACCACCACUCCGACCCCGAGUUCGGCGCCACGCAGUCCGGUGAGCUGUACACGGUGUUGAAGUGUGCGAUGUCCAAGUAUCCUGUUGAGGUUCAGCUGUGCAAGUGGAACGUGAUGGUGCGUCUGAAGGGCGUGUGCAAAGGCAGCGCGCUGCUGAACGUUGCGAAGCGCUAUUCGGCGUUGCAUGGCGACUUGGACUUCGUGCUGUGCAUCGGCGACCACAGGUCUGACGAGGACACGUUCAAGGCGUUGGAGACGAUGUCGCAAUGGUCGAAGAAGGGCGAUGGCUCCCCGACAUCCGACGAUAAGUCGCGGAGCUUCAUUUCUGUUACCGUGGGUAUGAAGCCGAGCAAGGCGAAGUACUACGUUAACGACCACACCGAGGUUUCUGAGCUGCUGACUGCGCUUACGAAGCAUUGA